CUCUCACUCUCUCAAAAAAGUAGACACUCGCACACUCAUCUGCUGAUCGGCUCCGAGGCGGUGGCGCACGGUGGGGGUUAGGGAUGUAUGCGUCGGCUCGUGACUCGAGGUUUCUUCAGCAGCCAGUUCCUGUAACCAGGAUUCGGAAGUAUGGCCAAGCAGCGGUCUCUCCUCUCCAUCUUCCGCUGCCCCACCGCGGACUCAGGGUGCGCGCACUCCGAUUACUUUGCCGGAGCACGGCGCCCGCGAUGCCUAAUACGACGCUGGAACAGCCGGGAGGGAAGAUGGUGGUGGAAUUGGUCGGAGCUUUCAAUCAGCUCACUGAGAGGAUGAACAACGUCCUAUCCACCAGUUCCUCUCGCAUACUCUUUGACUCUCUCACCCUCUCCAUCCCUAUUCUUCAGACAUUGCCUCUCCCACCCGAUGGCCGAUCUCCUCUAUCCAAGGCCUUGUCCGUUGCCGUUCUUCUCGCCGAUCUUCAGGUGGAUGCAGAAGUUAUUUCAGCUGGCAUACUACGGGAGGUUCUGGAGGCAGGUGCUGUAUCCAUACAGGAUGUUAGGGAUCGGAUCAGUACUGCUACUGCUCAUCUAUUGCAUGAAAGUUUGCGUGUUAAGGAAAUUCAUACAAAAGUAGAAGUUGUUGAUGAUGACACUGCUGCUGCAUUAAGAAAAUUCUGCCUGACAUACUAUGAUGUAAGGGCUCUGAUUCUUGACCUAGCCAUCAAGCUUGAUACGAUGAGACAUCUAGAUUUCCUGCCAAGAUAUCAACAGCAGAUGUUUUCCCUGGAGGUUAUGAGGAUACAUGCUCCUUUAGCUCAUGCUGUGGGAACAAAUGUUUUAUCGCUGGAGUUGGAAGACCUCUCUUUCAGAUAUUUGUUUCCAUAUUCAUACCUUUAUGUUGAUACUUGGCUGAGAAGCCAUGAGACAGGAAAUAAGCCUCUAAUAGACAUUUACAAGGAGCAACUUCUUCAAUCCUUAAAAACAGAUCCCUUGCUAUCUGAAAUGGUGGAUGAUAUCUCAGUUAAAGGUCGCUAUAAAACUCGCUAUAGCACCAUGAAGAAGCUUUUAAGUGAUGGGCGUAAGCCUGAAGAAGUAAAUGAUAUUUUAGGAUUGCGAAUCAUAUUGAAACCUAGAUCUGUAGUAGAUGUACCAGAAAUAGGUGAGAAGGCAUGCUACAGGACACAUGAAAUCAUCCAAUCUAUGUGGAAAGAAAUGCCACACAGGACAAAAGAUUAUAUUGCUAGACCCAAAGCUAAUGGCUAUAAAAGUUUGCACAUGGCAGUUGAUGUGAGUGAUGACAGCAGGACUAGACCACUCAUGGAAAUACAAAUACGGACUACAGAGAUGGAUAUGUUGGCUUCUGGUGGAACUGCAUCUCAUUCUUUGUACAAGAGUGGUCUUACUGAUCCAGAAGAGGCAAAACGGCUUAAAGCCAUCAUGAUUGCUGCAGCUGAACUUGCAGCAUUGCGCCUUAAAGAUCUUCCUUCCACAAGCCACAAAACUAUAGAAAUUGACGAGAGAGAUCGAGUAUUCCGCCUUCUCGAUAAAAAUGGAGAUGGCAAGAUUAGCGUUGAGGAGCUAACGGAGGUGAUGGAAGAGCUUGGUGCCCAAGGGGAAGAUGCACGGGAGAUGAUGCAGCUCCUUGACUCAAACAGUGAUGGUUCUCUGAGCUCUGAUGAGUUUGAUUUGUUCCAAAAACAGGUAUCAAAGCCUGCUAUAGUAGAAAUAAUCACUGAAACCACAAGAAGUAUGGACCAUUUUAGUGUUUUGCAUGCACAUGCUUGUUUCACAUGCAUCGAUUAUAAGAAAGGAUAAGUUUUGGGUUUUUUCUCAGGAUAAGUUUUGGGCUUUUUCUCACGGGGAUGUCAAGUCCCUCUGACAUACAUGCUGUACAUGCUUUGAUGCUUUGGGUUUCUAAAUGAUGGGCUGCCUUUAUUUUUUAACUAUUUGCAGCUGCAUGAUUGCCACGCCUAGCUGAACUUUAUUCUUGCUUAUGGAUCAUUUUGUUGGUGGUAUUUGUUAAGCAAUACAAAGUGGCUUGUCUAUGAAUACUUGCUGCUUGUGUUAGGUAUUUUGCUUAGGAGAAAGAUUUAAUGUGACCUUUUAAAAUGUUUACCCAACUUGGAUCCUGUUUGUUACCAAAAGUUCCAAAAUCUUGCCAAGGUUUUGGGCAUUUGCUGUAGGCUUGUCCUGAAUUGCAAUUCACUAGUCACUGCUGGCUUACGGGAAGAUGAGAUGCUAUCCCAAAUCUGUAGGAUGAGAGACUUCCUGUGUUCUGUCAAUUAAUGAUGUUUCCUACUUUUACUGCAGGUUGAAAUUAUGCGUAAUUUAGAAGGCAGAGAUGAUCAAUAUCGAACCAUGUUGAAUAAGAAGCAUGAAAUGGCAGACAGAGGUGGCUUGAUUUAGGCAUAUGCAGUGGUGACUGGAAAGAGCUCGAUGACAGUCUAGCAAUGAGUUAGUCUUGCUUCUGUCUUGAGUGAAGGAGAAGCUUUGGGAUCUAAUUUAACCCCUAUUUUUCUCUUCCCACUAUGUAAAUAUUUUUCUGUACAGUAAAUAAUUAAAGUUUGUGUAUCUUAAUUAGCAUUUAAUACUUCAUUAUGAAGUGUUUAGGCUAUAAAGUAGUAAAAUUGUUUUUCA